UUCUAUCUAAUCUCGUAGUGGACAGGCAACUGUUUGCUUCGAAAUAGUCUUGCUUGCGGUUCGUGACCUAAGCGACCACGGAUUUGAAUAUAGCUGUUAAAGGUAUGCCCAAUACCCAAGGUCUCUUUUUCCGGUUGUGUAAGCAUUCGGUAAGCAGUUCGUAAGGAUGGAAUCCCCUCUUUAGCUAGUUUAAGCCAGUUCUCAACCCGAAGCAGGGAAUUAGCUUGCGAAGCUGUCGAUGUCUUCCAAUCCGGUAUUUAAAUCAUAUACCCUAGGCAUCCUUAUCUACACAAUUACCAUACCUCAAUCCCGGAAGACAGAAAGCUUAACCUUUUCUAGUCCUCACGGAAGACUUGAUAGAUAGAUAUAUCUCUUCUGUCCGGCUGUCGGUCCAUCCGUCAUAGAAAGAAGUUGCAUUGGCUUUUCUUUGAGGCUUUCUUUCCGUCUCUUUUGUGAUUGUGUUCUCGUUCUCAAUUCUUUUGUAGCGAGUUCAUGCUUUUUCCUUUAGACUGAAAAAGUCCCGACCCGCAGAAAUCGUAUCCGCCUUUCCAGCAGUCCUAAAUCCGUCUCAUAGGAAAUGUCGUAUCGAUUCUUGCUUGACUUGUUGGCUCACCCGAGGCGAGGACUGAGUUUGCUUUCUUUCUUGCUUUGUAUCGAGGAGCUCUCCCGGCGCAAAGGAAAAAGCUUUCUUUCCGCCCCUGCUUUCUUAUCAUUGAAAGCCUUGGCAGCAACUAAAGCGGAAUCCCGCCUAGCAGGUCUCCGAGAGCAAUUGUCCAAACUCGUGACAUGCUUUCUUUAGAAAUGAACUGUGUGUCAACGUUGUGCCGUCUUUUUCACUCUCUCACUAUCUGAACUUGAAGGUUAAGUCAGUGUUCCGGGAAGAAAAAGUGCAACUGACUUCUAGGAUUUCUAGUUCCGUGCUCUAGGGCUUUGACUUCUAAUAAGGCGAACUUUGAAAUCGCGAACCUGCUGCUCGCUCGUGGCUUGUGCUAAUGCGACUCGGGAUAUAGCUGUUUUAGAUCUUCCGGUCGCUCUCUUCCAAUUCCUUUUCAUCUACAAUGUCUUCUUUCAAAAAGCGGAUUAUCGGGUUCUGGCUUUAAACAGUUAGAGUUUGACUUCGUUCAGAAGAAACGGGCGAAGAGGAUCGCUCUUUCUAUCGUUAUCAAUGGAAUGCCCUUAUUAGUUUAGUAAAGCUUAUCUUAUGGGUUGCUAUUGCGCUUUCCGUUCCCUUGUGUCAUGAUGGUUUACGGGCGAGUGACUUUUCCUUCACGAGCUUUGACGCCAAACAUUCAAUUCAAUAAAGAAGUUCAUAGAAGGAGGGCUCUUCUAUAUCUUGUUUGACUCGUUCUUAUGUUGUGUUGACGGAAGUUGGAGACAGAGACGGAGAUGACGAAGACGAAUGUAAGGCCUAGACCAUAAGCUAAGGUCAAUCGAGUGCGCUCAAAAUGACGAGUUCAAAAGCCAGGUUCAGUAGACCGAUCAACUAACGCUUCUGUUGGAUGUUGGGAAGCCCCACUGGUUAAGUUAACGAACGUAUAGAAAGAUGAUAUAUAUGUUCUAUUUUCCUAUAUAAAGAAAUCAAUAUAUAUGGGGCAGGGUGGAUAGUUGACGAGUGUGCUUUCUUUUGUUUAACUGCUCAGAGAGAGCUUUUUAAAAUCCUGAUCCAGUGGUGGUUCCUGGUGAAUAAAGAUUCCCUUCCCUAAGACGAGAACUCGCUCAUUUUGAUUCGAAUCAAAUGAGACUGAAAGC